CCAGGAAGUACCGAGUGCUACAAAUCACCACAAACAUCACUGAAACUGUAACAGUCAGCAACGUUGUGACAGUUUCCUGUCGCACGUGUUUUCUAUCGUAUUGUAACAAUGGCGGAAGAGGUUUCCUGCUUGAAGGCACGGCUUAUAGAGAAAGAAAAAGAGAUAGUUGCGUUGAAGAAUAAACUGGCAUUAGAAAAGAACAGUUUGAUAGAUCUACAGCUGCAGGAGAAAGUGACAACACUUCCACCUCUGAAACUCAAGGCAGCCCUGUCCAAUGAAGACAUCAUGCGCUACAGCAGACAGCUUAUACUGCCAGAGUUUGGUGUACAAGGCCAGCUAAACCUCUCCCAGACAUCAGUGCUGGUUGUGGGGUGUGGAGGACUAGGGUGUCCCCUGGCACAGUAUCUAGCUGCAGCAGGAAUCGGGCGUGUGGGUCUUCUGGACUAUGACGAGGUGGAACUGAGUAACCUGCACAGACAGGUGCUCCAUGGAGAAGACAGCCAGGGACAGGCCAAGGCCCAGUCUGCUGCCCAUGCUGUCAGAAGGUUGAACUCCACAGUAGAAUGCAUUCCCUACCACCUCCAGCUGUCUCCAGAAAAUGCUUUACAGCUCAUCCAACAGUACGACAUUGUGGCUGACUGUUCGGACAACGUUCCCACCCGGUAUCUGGUGAAUGAUGCCUGUGUCCUCAGUGGCAAGCCCCUAGUAUCUGCCAGUGCCCUGAGAAUGGAGGGCCAGUUGACAGUGUAUAACUACCGUGGAGGCCCCUGCUACAGGUGCCUGUACCCAAAGCCUCCACCCUCAGAGAUGGUGACCAACUGCUCUGACGGAGGGAUCUUAGGAGUAGUGCCAGGGAUCAUGGGAUGCUUCCAAGCAUUGGAGGUCCUGAAGAUAGCCUCAGGACAGGGCUCUUCCUGUGGCCAACAGCUGUUGAUGUUUGACGCCCAAGAUGCCAAGUUCCGGUCCAUCAGGCUGCGGUCCAAGCAGGCCAGCUGUGCUGUGUGUGGAGAGAACCCCACUGUCACACACCUUGUAGAUUAUGAGAAGUUCUGUGGGUCUGCUGCCACAGAUAAGUGUCGAAGACUAAACCUUCUCUCCAAAGACCAGAGGGUAACAGUGCAGGAGUAUAAAUCUAUAGUGGACAACACAGCUGCUCAUCUCCUGCUGGAUGUUCGCCCUCUAGUGGAGGUAGAUAUAUGUCACCUACCCACCUCCCUCAACAUUCCUCUAUCCAGUUUAGAGAACAGAAAAAGUGAACAUAUCCGAGUGCUGAAGGAGAGAAUUGGCAGAGUGAAAGAGGAGAUGUUGAAUGAAUCCCAGGUCCCAGUAUAUGUGAUCUGUAAGCUGGGUAAUGACUCCCAGAAGGCAGUUCAGGUCUUGGAGAAGAUGUCAGGCUCUGAAGUGGACUUUGUCACUGUUAAAGACAUCUGUGGAGGGCUGAUGGCCUGGGCACAGAAGAUAGACCCCUCUUUCCCACAGUAUUGACUCAAUGUCACAGGUUCUGCACUGUGGAUUCAUGACUUUGUUAAUAAACAUGUUCAUAAUUGUCAUCAUAGCGACCAUUUUUCUACCUUGUUUUAUGUAUGCUGGUUGCAUUGGACAUGGCAAAUAUGACUGACAGAUUAAAUUGCAGUUACAUCUUAAAGGUGAAAAGUGAAAGAAAUAGAAAUAUAUAUAACCUUGUUCCAGAUUGUAGACUUUUUAUAACCCCAAUUCAUGGUGAAGGGGAAGCAGGGUAAUAUGUGUGUGUGUGUGUGUUAAUUCAUUAUGAAUUUUUAGCUAUUCGGGAACAUAGAUAAAAGUUAACGAAUGUGUUAUUUUUGAGUUAUUACACAUCUAUACAUUCAUAAUGUGUUGCAGUUUUGAUAUGACACAAUGAGUAGCUGAUGCAUGUCACCAUCCUCUCCAAAACAAUAUUAGAAGCAACACUGCGACAGUGUAAAGAAUAAAGAAUGAUGACAUGUU